AUGCUGUGUUUGAAGUUUCUGCUAAUAUUUGUGUGUAUAAUUGUAUCCGGAGAAGAUACAGGAGGGAUAUUGACGGGAAACAAUGCACCAGGAAUAGACUAUUCGGACUUGGCUGGCGAGGCGGAAAGACACAAGAAUAAUAUACUGAACUUCUUGAAUUUAUCGCGAGUGCGUGAAAAAUAUAAAGCUAUGUUCGAAUGCCUUCUUAAAAAACUGACUGAUGAUGAUGGUGCCACAUCUAAACGUAGAGGAUCUACUCGUCGCAUAGUGUCUGGUCAGAAUACUUCAAUAGCUGCUGUGCCGUGGCAAGUGUCGCUGAGGGAGAAGACCUACGCCAUAUGCGGAGGAUCCGUGGUCACCGACACGUGGCUGAUAACAGCUGCUCAUUGCUUACUCAGAGCCCGCUCGAGCGAGCUGAGCGUCCGACUCGGCUCGUCUUGGAAAACGCAUGGGGGUGAAAUGUACGACGUCAAAGAAAGUUUUGUCCAUCCCAAAUACGUCAGCAAGACCAAAGUGAACGACGUGGGUCUAGUGAGACUGUACACACCAUUGAGAUUCUCCGCGAAGGUUUUGCCUAUUAGGAUGGUGGCUAAAGAGGCGAGAGUACCAGCUGAUGGGCUGGCCAUCAUCUCAGGAUGGGGAAAGUUGAAGGAAGGAGGUCCCAGCGCUCCAUAUCUGCAGUCUUCCACAAUAAAAACAAUUGCUAUGAAGCUGUGCCAACGGUCUGGACUUGAUAGAAAAGCCAUCGACCCUGCAUCCAUGUUCUGUGCUGGCUUCUUCGAGCAACCCUCGCCUGAUGCUUGUCAAGGUGACAGUGGCGGUCCGUUAGUGAAGGAUGGAGUACUGAUAGGAGUAGUAUCCUGGGGGUUGGGGUGCGCCAGGGGAAACUUUCCCGGCGUGUAUACCAGACUCUCACAUCCCGUCAUUUGGGACUGGGUGCAAGGACAUCUGACCAGGAAAAGUGACUCUAAUUCCACUACAUAAUCACAUCGAUGCCGGCUUGUUUUUUGCAUAUAAGUAGUGGACGCCCAAUAGUCGAAA